AUGGUUAGGUUUUCUUCUUUUUUUCUCUUUGUCCUAGUAGCUGGGGCUUGUGUGACUACAGAGUGUUCCGAUAUGGAGAUUAUUGGAGGGAGAGAAGUGCCCCCUCACUCCAGGCCGUUUAUGGCUUCCAUUCAGUACAGCGGCAUUCACGCUUGCGGAGGAGUCCUGAUCGCUCCACAGUGGGUGCUGACAGCAGCCCACUGCCACGCGCGCUUUACCAAAGGCCAGUCUCCAAUGGUGGUUUUAGGAGCACAUUCUCUCUCAAAAAAUGAGCCCUCCAAACAAAUAUUUGCCAUUAAAAAAUUCAUACCAUUCUCAAGAUUUCCAUCUGGUCUUAGAUCACAUGAUAUCAUGCUAGUUAAGCUUCAAACGGCCGUGGAACUCAACAAGUAUGUCCAGCUGCUCCACCCAAGAUCCAAGAACUAUAUUAGAGCUGGAACCAAAUGCCAAGUUACUGGCUGGGGAGCCACUGAGCCAGACUUUUUAAGCACCUCUGAUACCCUGCAAGAAGUUACUGUUACUGUGAUAAGUCGAAAACUUUGCAACAGCCCAAGUUACUACAACCGCAACCCUAUUAUAACCAACAACAUGAUUUGUGCAGGAGAUGCCAAAGGUCAGAAAGAUUCCUGCCAGGGUGACUCAGGUGGCCCCUUGAUCUGUAAAGGUGUCUUUCAUGCCAUAGUCUCUGGAGGUCAUAAGUGCGGUAUUGCCAAAAAGCCUGGAAUCUACACCCUGCUGACUAAGAGAUACCAGACUUGGAUCAAAAGUAACCUUGCCCCAUCUCAUGAAAGUUAA